AUACCCAAGUGCGACAGCUUAUGAAUUUACCAACCUACAAACCAAUACAUUGCAUCCAUCCAUCCAUCACGAGACCCAAGGCUUCGCCCGUCAUCUUUUCUGAACUUGGGCUUCCUUGUCCCUUGAAUUACUCCAUCAUCAAGACUGACUCUUCUCCUGCAUGUCUCUGUCGAAUUCGUAAACUCCAAUCAAAGAGUGUUGUAGCCUCUAUUCUAUAUCUUGGUUUUGUCGUCACUCGCUCGCUCGCUCGCUCAGCUCCCAUCUCGUCUGACUCUUACUCCGCAUCUCGUGAGCGUCUGCCUACUUUCUCAUGAAGCUAUACCAACAUUAUGAAUCUUGGACCCCAUGGUUGAUGAAUUAAUCCUUGAACAUAUCACUCCCUCUGGCAUAUUGCGCCUCCCUCUAACUCUCUAUUCUUAACUUCUUCUCUCCCCUUACAUAGUUCCUAUUUCCUAUUGUCAUCUUCCAUUUCAUUGUCUGCGAACCUCUACUCUAUUGAAGCGAGCGGGGGUUUGAAACGAGGCAGCUUCAAACUGCGAUAGUGCGAUCAUUGAACAAUCGAUUAAUCGCUUUUCAUCCAUUUUCCGAUGGAGUCUUAGAAUAAAGCACAAAGAAGGGAUAGAAGGAGCUGGCCAUUCAUUCUCUCUCUUCCCGUCUAUUAUAAGCGAGAAACCUAAACGCCUUUUAACCUUCUCUUCUCUUCUAUUCUCUAAAUUCAUCCAUCACUCGACCGACCAUUUCAACCGACGUCGAAUUAAUCAAUCUCAACAUCACGAUACGGCCUCGAUCAUUCACUUAUAGCGAAUCGAAAUACGAUCGAGCAGCUUAAGCACAGCUUCCACUGUGCUGAGUAUUCACCGAAAUACCUACAGAAUCAGUAUCUUUGUCGCAGGUAAGAACAUCGAGGUUCUUCUAUCUCAUUCAUGUUCUUGAACAAACAAACAACAAGUCAAAAAUUUCCUCACGCCGCAAAGUCGCGGGCUGGCUUCUCGUACACCUUACUCAGAAUCCCUUCAUCGCCAGAGAAGAGCGCCACUUACAAUCAUGGACAUAAGCUUUCGUGUUUAGCCGUGGCGUCAUUAUCACCGUAGACGCCGCCCUUGUCUUUCAGUCACCUCUUCACGGUGAACCUUGAUUCUCAUUUGCCUUUGCGCACGAAAUUGUUUCGGAUGAGCCGUGAAAAGUGGAAGAGGCCAUCGUCUCGGAGUGAAAGUGAAGGUUGGUGCGAAGGUGCGAUGCCAACAUCUUUAGUACUAUACUUAUGUGACAGUCCUUGCAAGUGUUGAAUCACUGUCGCAAUUAACUCCUUCUGUCCCCCACUGCCACUGCAUCUUCUCUUUACUACAUAUGCCUUUGCACCUGCCAGAGCAUUUAUUUGUGAAGGACAUCUGCUCGAGCAGUGUCAGCUGGCGGCAACAUCAUUCACAAGCUCGCGGAAUGGAAGUGAUACAGAUCGAUCCACCGCCAGAUCAUAAACAAAAAGCAGGGCUCUUCGAGACUAUGAAUCCUCUGUCUUCAUAUCAUUUCUAACCGUUAUAAUCAAACCUAGGCUUCAACUUUUGUUUGUGAACAAAGAGCCAAAGAACUUCACCAUCACGAGGAUGGAGGAUCCCGAAAGCGAGACAGAAGAAUCAUCUCCGCCUCUACAAGAUACUUGCAUACAAGAAGUUACUGCUCUAUUUCCCGACAUCUGUCUCGACUAUGUCCAGACGAUUGCUGGGCCUCUCUCAUUCGUCCCCCAUGAAGUGAUCAAUCAUCUCCUCGAUCUCCAAGAGUCUGGGCAAGUAUAUCAAAAGGCAAAGCGAUCGAAACAGGCCAUCGGCAAGAGGAAGCGCACAACCGAGGGACAAGAUGACGAAGACGAAGUCGAGAAACUACAGAAUAGACUCUCCGAAGCGAAGCGCAAAUACAGUAACCUUGAAGGACAAGUCAUUGCUCCGAAGAGUACCCAAAUGGCCACUAUGUAAGUUUAUCUCCCCUUUCGACCGCAUAUCAUCCGUGAUUAGCAAGCAAAUGAUCGCAGGAGAUUUCCCACUGGUACCAGUCAAGGUCAUUCAACAAACCCUUUCUGACAACGGAAAUCGCCUUUUCCCAGCAUUUAUUGCCAUCAAUACUGCCAUCAAUCAGGCAAGCGACCAUCACCCAUUGCCUUGGAAAUUGAAGAAGACACCCUCAGUGCCGGUACAGCGAUACAGAAAAGAGAGGAUCGACGCGUCCAUACAAACCUGCUCCAACGACUGGGAGAAAGAAUUGAUGAAGGAACUCGAGGCUGCUCGAUUACUGCAGUGGGAUGUAGUUGAAAAGCGUCGAUCAGAAGCAUUGGCCGAGGAGGCCGAAAGGAUGAACCUUGAGUCGGCAGAUGCAAGAGGAGAAGUAACUGAGUGCGGGUGUUGCUUUAUCGAUACUCCAUGGAACAGACUCGUCUAUUGUCAAGGCGAUGAUCCUCACCCUUUCUGUAUCAACUGCGCCCGCCGACACGCAGAGACACAAAUUGGCCUUUCAAAGUACGAACUUGAAUGCAUGUCCAUGAUUGGGUGUACGGCUGGGUUCUCUUAUAGCGAGCGCCAGAAGUUCUUGAAUAAGAAACUGACUGCGGCAAUCGAUCGAAUUGAACAAGAGGCCAAUCUGCGCAUGGCUGCACUACCCGGCCUCGCCAAGUGCCCCUUUUGUCACUAUGCAGAGGAGUAUCCGCCAGUUGACGUCGACAGAGAAUUCCGGUGCCGAAACGACGACUGCAAAAUCACGAGUUGCCGGCUUUGUAACUACGAAACACACAUACCGAAAACCUGUCAGGAGGCAGCCAUCGAAAGAGGUGUCGACCUGCGGCGGGAGGUAGAAGAGGCUAUGUCGAGAGCCCUCAUCCGCAAAUGCAACAAGUGCGACACCCCUUUUAUCAAGGAAGAAGGCUGCAACAAGAUGACUUGCACCCGCAAAGGCUGUGGUAACGUUCAGUGCUACGUCUGUUCCAAGUCUUGUGACUAUGAUCAUUUCAACGAUGAGAGGCGAGGUGGCAAGCAAGGCAACUGUCCCUUAUUCGAGAGUGCUGAAGAGCGUCACGAAAACGAAGUCAAUGCGGCUGAAAAGGCAGCUAAGCAGAAGGUUUUGGAGGAGAAUCCAGAACUUGCAUCAGCGCCCGAACUUCUGGAUUUCAACAUGUCUGAAAGGGUCAAGACAGACGAUAUGCGGCGGAAAAAUAAGUUUGGACAGAGAUUUAGGGAUCGAGUCAACUUCAUGCCUAUGCCGCCGGUUCUGCCGCUUGAAGGACAAAGGCCGUUUUUCGAUGCUCCACCACAGCAGCCACAGGCACAGCAUGGACCGGCACACAACCCAUACCAUUUUCGUCAAGAAGAUCUCGAUGCUUUAUUGAGGCACCAGGAAGCUCAUGCCCGAGCCCAUGACCACGCUCAAGCCUACGCCCAGCAACUACACGAUGCCCAUGCCAUUCACAAUGCUCGGCGGCGACCAGGGGAACCCCAAAUUCCUCUUGCAUUGAACCGCCUGCAGAACCAAGUCCAUGAUCAGGCACAUAUAGGUAUCCGACGUCGCCUCAAGAAUGCAGUUGCUCGCCUUGGUAAUAGAGUACCACCACCACUUGGGCCUCCGCCGGUACCGCAAGCACAACACAUGGCAGGAAUACCAAUACAACCACAACAACAGCCCCAGGCUGGAGCGUUCCCAGCGGCACCAGGAGACCCAGGCCCAGCGAUGCCAGGGCUAAACUUUCAAGGACUGGCAAACUUUGAACCAUUUUACAUGAUGGGGCAACCUGACCCAAUGGAGAAUUGGCGUGGCCCCGGGUAGCGAUGACUGGGCUUAAUGAACGAAAGGGUUCAGUUGAGAGGACAGACAGGUGCCUUUUUAGAAACUCGACUGUGCAGGGGAUCAAGAGCAACACAGCCAAUGUGACCACACACGUACUCUCUAGCAAGUGGUGCAAGAAGCCUGAAGGCCAGGGAAACGGGAGCAAAGUUAUGGAUUCAGUAGGGUGUUGCAUGUAUUUUGUGGAAUAGCAUCAUCUCCUUCAUGGACUGCGAAACUGGGUUCUUCGUCAUGUUAUUAGACGGCGUUAAUUUCUUUUAAUGAGAUACUUCCUACCUCUUGAUUGGCAAAUGACGGGCUUUGUAUGCUGUAAUGGUAGGAAGACAACACCUUGACUCAUAUUCCGCAUUGCCUAUUCUUGAGGUAAUCAAAGCGUAUCAUAAUAUUCAUAUACAGCCCACUACCUGUUUCUCCCGAA